AUGAGUGCUAUGAAAUCGCGAGGAAAAAAUUGGUGUCCAGAUGAAGACGAAGCUCUAUGCCGGGCUUGGCUUGAUGUGUCGCAGGAUGCAGCCGUUGGAAUUAACCAGAGAGCGGACAAUCUGUAUGACCGUAUUCAUACCAAGUUUUUGGAAAUUUGCGUGGAUAACGGUGUCAUAUCCAUCCCGGAACGUAAUUCCAACAGUUUAAAAAACCGGUGGCAUCAUAUUAAUAAAUGUGUCAGCAAAUUUGCUGGUUGUCUGGCUCAAAUUAAUGGCCGACAGCAGAGUGGCGCUUCUCCGGAAGAUGCUUUCAAAAAAGCGCUGACCCUAUAUGCAACAUCAGAAAAAACUCCGUUCAAUCUGGUCAAUAGCUACCGGAUUUUGGAAAGUGCCCCGAAGUGGCAACAAUAUCACAGUGGAAAGGCUCCAAAUAGAUCACAAUGUAUGAAUGACCUCGAAACCGAAGAAUUCCGUGAUGAAGUAACUACUGGAGAAACAUCAUCCUCAAGUGCGCUCCGUCCAAUAGGCAGGGAUGCAGCCAAGAAGCAAAAGAAAUCAGAACUCGAUUUGGUCAAAUCUGGUAGGCUUUUAGCAGCAACCGCUCAAGCAAAGCUGGCCGAUAGCAUUGAAAGAACCAAGAUAUUAAAAAGAUUGGUUAACCAUUCGAUAAUAUCUGUGAAUCUGAACGGAUUGAGUGAUGUAGCGAGGGAGUAUUACGCUUUAGAGCAGCAACGUAUUUUGUCAGAACUGCGAAGCGAAGAACCUGGUUCCUUUUCAGAAGCUGGUUCUCAGGAAGACGUACUUGAAAAUAUAUCCGAUGAAGAUGUUGUCAAUGAAAAUAUUGAUUAAUUUUCUGAUGUUUGUAGCUAGCUAACUCUCAAUGUGUUGAGAAAUCUUUUUCGAAUGUGUUAUAAUUUAUUUGUUUGAAUUUAAAUGAUAAAUUUCAGAA